ACCGCUACAACGUGUUUUUAUCGCUGGCUGUCCAGACGGAAGGUGCUGAAACGCUUUGUAGCGUGUCUGGAAGAAGUGAAAACUUUCCUGGGCAGCAAAGGGCUCACCUUUCCUGAGCUGGAACAGCCAGAGUGGCUGGAAAAGCUACACUUCAUGGUAGACAUGACAGCGCACCUGAACACGCUGAACACAGCUCUUCAGGGGAAGGGACGUACAGCCCUGCACAUGUUGGAGGAUGUUUUGGCAUUCGAGCGCAAGUUGACAGUGCUUGCCAGAGAUUUACAGAAAGGCACUUUGUCUCACUUCCCCAAUUUGAGAGAGUUCAAACAAGGUCACGACAUGAUAAUUUCGGAGUAUUUACAUUCUGCAAUCAUCGCAAUGCAAACAUCGUUUGGGAAACGCUUCUGUGAGUUCAGAGAGGAAAAAAACACAUUAUCCUUCCCGGUCACUCCCUUAAGCAUCGAUCCUUCCCUACUGAAUACGACUGCAUUGGCAGGUGUGAGUCAACCUGAUCUUGAGAUGGAACUGGCCGACAUAGCCGACAAAGACAUAUGGGUGUCCAAGUUUAGACGCUUGACAGCAGACCUUGAAGAUGUUGCCCGUCAGAAGGCCGUUCUUGCUCAGAAACACAAAUGGAGUGAUAUUGAAAACCUCACAGAUGACAGCUUGCGAUCCUGUGUAAAGAUGAAGGUGACAUCAUACAGCCCUGAUGUGCAGACGCUGUGCGCUGAGGUCCAGGAGCAGAAAUCCCAUUAACCAAGAUGACAGCUGGCUGACGUUAUUUUUGGUUUGCUGCUGGCGGAAAAUUUAAGUUCGGCGUUUUUCAUAAAUACAAGAAGGACUCAAAUAGACAUUGAAUAUUUUACUUAAAAGUAACUUUCAACCCAACGUCUUUUUUUGGAGUUCAAAAUGUUUUUGUUGCAUGCAGAAAUGUAAUUUCGUUUUCUCUGCAGGAGUUCAUCAAUUUCAUAAAUGCAACACAUUAUAGUUUGUUUAUACAUAGCAUAAAGGCAAAACAAAACGUUGUAUGCAGUGUUAUUUCAUUUUAAAUGUCAAACGGG